UCACUAGCCCGACGGCGUCGCGAAAAAAGCCGCAAAAUAUAUACAUAGAAAAAUAACAAUAAAAUAAAGAAAAAUAAAAUCAACUAUUUAUUUAUUUAUUUGUUAUUGCAUACUAAAUCAAAAUGAGUGGCGGCACCAUGCUGUAUGGUGGCGAUGAGAUAGGUGCCCUAGUAUUCGAUCCCGGCCAUCACUCACUACGCGUUGGCUACGCUCAAGAGGAUUCGCCCAAGGCAGAGAUACCCUCAGUGGUGGGAAUUGGUCAGGCUGCCCAAGCUUCAGAUACCAAUCUGGACCCAGAGACUAAGACGGACAAUAAUGUGACGCCAGGAAAUUCGGAUUCCCGCAAGUUCUAUGUAGAUACGAACUAUGUUAAUGUGCCCCGCUCCCAUAUGGAGGUGCAGACAUACAUGAAGGAUGGCAUGAUUGACAAUUGGGAGCUGUUUGAGAAGGUCAUCGACUAUGCCUAUGCCAAUGUGAUUCAAUCAGAGCCGGAAUAUCAUCCAGUUUUAUUCUCAGAGGCCUCUUGGAAUGUGCGCAACAAUCGAGAGAAGCUAACUGAGCUCAUGUUUGAGAAGUAUAAUGUGCCAGCAUUUUUUCUGGUCAAGAAUGCUGUAUUGGCGGCCUUCUCUAGUGGUCGAGCCACCGCUCUUGUAGUGGACAGUGGAGCUACUCACACCUCGGCUGUGCCAGUGCAUGAAGGCUAUGUUUUGUCGCAAGCGGUGGUCAAGUCACCAUUGGGCGGUGAUUUUCUUUCCCGUCAAUGCCGGCAGCAUCUAGAGAAGCAUGGCAUCGAUUUGUCGCCCGUAUAUAAGAUUGCCUCCAAGGAUGUGGUGAAGGAGCGUGACAAUGCCCGUUGCACCUUACGCAAAUUGCCCGAAAAUCUUACACAAUCGUGGCAGAACUAUAUGCUGCAACUUAUGAUGCAGGACUUCCAGAUGAACGUGCUACAAGUUUUGGAAAAUCCCUACGAUGAACGGGUGGCCGCUCAAAUACCAACCGUUCACUAUGAGUUUCCCAAUGGCUAUCAUCAGGAUUUUGCCUCGGAGCGGUUUAAAAUUGCCGAAAGCCUAUUCGAUAAUGCCAUGUUAGGAGCCGGUCAAUUGGCCUCCACCAGUGUGGGCAUGUGUGAUGCUGAUGUCCGUCUCUCGCUUUUUGGCUCUGUGGUUGUUACUGGUGGCAAUACCCUGCUUCAGGGUUUCCCCGAACGUCUAAAUCGGGAUCUCCAAUUGAGGGCACCAUCGAAUACGCGUCUGAAAAUGAUAUCGGCCAAUGGCAGUGUGGAACGACGAUUUGGCGCCUGGAUCGGUGGCUCCAUUUUGGCUAGUAUCGGCACCUUCCAACAGAUGUGGAUAUCGUCGCAGGAAUAUGAGGAGGCCGGCAAGAGUCAAGUGGAGCGCAAAUGCCCCUAGAUUCUAGACAUAUACAUUCUUUUCCCAAACCAACCCAAAUCCCAAGAAAACAAAUUUUUUAAUUGUAAAGACACACACACACACACAAAAUCUAAUCUCUAAUCUAAUCGAUGUAUGUAUAAAUAAUCUGUAAAAUUAUCCAUCAAAAUUGAGAUGCUUCCCUUUCAA